AUGCAUUCAACACAGCAGGCAUUCAGCAAAAGCUGCCCAGCAAAUGCAGAAAAAGAAACCAGGGACAACCCCAUUCUCCGAGCCUGUGCCUUCAAUCUGGAGGCUGCUUAUGUGGAGACCGGGGACCCAGCCAGAGGCCUUGAGCUGCUCCUACGGGCCCAACCUCAAAAGAAGGCCCAGGGCAGGUGUCAUGGUGACCAGCGUUUCAAUCUGGCUUUGGCCUACCAAGCCCAAGGCAACCUGCCUCAAGCUUUGGCCUGGUACCACAAGGCCCUGGGCCACUAACAGCAUGCAAAAAUGGGAGCCUGUUACCAGGCCCUGGGACAGCCUGAGCUAGCAGCCCACUGCCUGCAAGUGGUGCAGGUGCUGGAAGAGAGCCGGAGGCUUGCUGAGAGGAGCACUGAGCCGGGACUGCUAGGGCGACUCUAUAAUGACCUAGGCCUGGGCUACUCCCAGCUCCAGCUGUUCCCGCUAGCAGCAGAGGCCUUCCUGCAGGCCCUGCCCCUGUGCCGGGGGCCAGGAGAGGAGGCCACGGUGCUAAGAAACCUUGGGAUGGCCCACAAUGCCCUUGGCAACUAUCAGAAAGCCCAGGAGUUUCACCAGAAGGCUGCUGACCUGCAUGGUGCUGUGGGGCAGCGGUGGGAGCAGGGCCGGAGCUUUGGCAGCCUGGCAUUUGCACUGAGCCAGCUGGGGGACCACAAGGCCGCCAGGGACAACUACCUGCAUGCUCUGCAGGCUGUACGGGACACUGGGGACAUGAAGGGGCAGUGGCAGGCCUGUGAAGGUCUGAGGGCUGCUGCAGCCAGAUUGGGGCAGCAUGACCAGGCCUUGAAGUACUAUGAGGAAGCACUGGCCCAGUGUCAGAAGGAGCCAGAUUCUGUAUGAGAGCGGCUGGUGGCCAAGCUGGCAGACGCCAUGAGAACCCACUUGGCCCAGGGUGGGCUGGUCCCAACUCACACUCUGACCUCAGCUCGAAGCGGGUCCCAGGCUCCAGGCAGGGCCCGCCCAGUAGCAGGUACCCCAGCCAGGGUGGGAAGGGGCACAGAAGUGCAGCACAGAUGUUCAGGUGGAUGGGAAGAAGAGUCAGAGGGCCAUGAGGAGAAAGAGGAAGAGGAGAUGGUGAAUGUUCCCACAUUAUGGGCAUCAAGACGAGAGCAUGAGUCUAAGUCUGACACUGAACCCCAGGACCAGCCCCUCUCCCCUUUCUGCUUGUUUCUCAAGGCCCUGGCCAAUUUCCCCUAA